GGGGCCAUAUUCGUGUCAGAGAAUGCUAGGUUGCUAAUGCUGUAGACAGUAUCAUGUGAGUGGUUUUAUAAAGCUGUUUGCCAUCGUUUGGAUCUAUAACAAUGAAUAAGCACAGACCAAAACUAGUCCUCCAAAGGUAACAUUCAUUUGGGUUGGGACCUGCAUUUGACAUAGUAUAAACUGACGGGGGUUAAACCUAGACGCAGAUCCUCGGUUAGCAUCCUUUGGAGCCUUGUGCAUGUCAACAGGUUAUAUUGUGCGAGCCUACUUAUCUUUUUUUGCUAGUAAAAGAAGAUUUUGAUUUUUCCUAUAAAGGUGCCCAUGAAAAGUAGGCAUCUCCAAGUAAUGGUCAAUGGGUGGAAAUGUCUACAAAGCUGACUUAAAGAACAUGGAGAUCCGAUCUUCUUACAUUCCACCUUUCUCAUGACAUCUACAAAGACGUAAUGGGCAUCCUCAGAUUUGUGGCCGGAAUCAUGGGCAGGAUCAGUACAUUUAGAUCCUAUCAGUUUGUGGUUCUUCUGGCCGCUGCUCUGGCUGUUGUAGCCUUUUACUACUUUGGGACAGAGAGGCAGAACUUUUCCAGCACUACCAAAAGAAUUAAGCAAACCCAAGCAAGCCAUAACACCAACAGGAACGAUGCAGAUCUAACCGUGGACACCAAAUUCACCCCUUUGUCAGAAUCUGUGGAGCACGGAGGAGUUCUACACAAUGAAGAAGGAAGAAAUCCACAGACCAUAACUGGAAAAAGGAACAGCGUGUCGGCUAGUCAACAUUACCAUGCACUGAUGAUGUUUACUAAGGUGGAUAAGAGUCGGAGUCUGCAGGAUAAGUUCAAAGUGGCCAUGUUGUCAAUGGUGAAACAUGCACACUUCGAAGAAGGUGAAGUACUGGUCCUACAUUUUGUCAGUGACCCAGCGAGCCAGGAAUUGGGGAAAAGUAUGCUUCAGGAAUUUUUAAAAGAUGCAGUAUUCAAAUAUGAGGUAUUAUUUCACGAUGUGGUGGACCUCACACACAAGCUGUUCCCCAUUGUGGAGGCCAUGCAGAAGUAUUUCAGCGCUGGGUCUGGAGCAUACUACAGCGAUGCCAUCUUUUUCCUCUCUGUGGCCAUGCACCUCAUCAUGCCUGAAAAUCUGACCCGCAUUGUGCAGCUUGACCUGGACCUUAAAUACAAGACCAACAUCAGGGACCUUUUCCAGGAGUUUGACCAUUUUCCUCCUGGGGCUGUUAUCGGCAUCGCCAGAGAGAUGCAGCCUGUGUACAGGCACACAUUUUGGCAGUAUCGAAAGGAGAACCCGCAGAGCAAAGUGGGCGAGCCCCCUCCUGACGGCUUGCCAGGGUUCAACAGUGGAGUGAUGUUACUGGACCUGGGAGCCAUGAGGACUUCAGCUUUGUACAACCAGCUCCUGCAGCCCAACAAUGUGGCCAAGCUUGCAGAGCAGUACCGCUUCAGGGGCCAUCUUGGGGACCAGGACUUCUUCUCCAUGAUUGGGAUGGAGCAUCCAGAGCUGUUCUACCCUCUGGCCUGUGGCUGGAACAGGCAGUUGUGCACCUGGUGGAGGGACCAUGGCUACGGAGAGGUGUUUCAGAUGUACUACCGCUGUGAGGGCCCAGUCCAUAUUUACCAUGGCAACUGUAACACACCCAUACCCAAUGACUGAAAGCAAUUCUGCAUCUCGGGAUAAGAAUGUUAGAUAAGAAUGCAUAAUAUCGUUUGUGUUACUGAGCAAAUAUUAACAAGAAGAUACCAUGAAAACUGAAAAAAACCUUUACAUUUUGUAUGUAAAGACAAGGGCUGUAGUCAUUUAACUGGUCAAUAGUGUCUUUGAGUCAACCAAUUUUAUUAUUGGGCAAAUAAUUAUUUUAUGAGGAUUACAAGGCUAUCUAUUGGCCACAAGCCCACAGCAGAAAGUUGGCAGCACUGAAUAAGUUAGCUGGAGUUUUGGGAGAGAUGGAACAGUCCCAAAAUGGAUAAUUUUGUGAGCUUUGCUAGAGCCCCAUAUCUGCCCCCUUUUUGUUGAUAAUGGAUGCACAGGGUAUGUUUUCACUGGACCAAGUUUUUCUUUCAGCUAUAGCCCUAGUAAAGGCACAGAUGUGUAUAAUUUAUUGAAAUGAACCUUUUUCACUGUUUUUGGAAGAGAAACAUCUUUUUGAUUUGUGUUUAUCGUCCUACAAAUACUCAAAAUAAUUUGCAACCAUGGACCUUUUUAGAAGUAUCCAUUGAAUAAGAUUUUAUAACAAGGUCGUAGCAGUACUCGUAUAAAUAAUCCAGUACAAUAGUCUAAAGGCCAUUCCAUUUUUCACUUUCUCCAUUUCCUCUUAGUAAUCCACACUUAUUUCCAGCAUCCCAUGUUCUCUCAGCAUCACCUCUUGUCAACACCAAACAAGGUCCUAACGGGGGUCUAAUCUCAUCCUGUGUUCUUUAGUAACCCCAACACAUUUAUUUAAAAAAAUAGGAAUUUUGUUGUGCCAUUUUUUUCCUUUCCAAGUGAGAUUUCAGAUUUUCUUUCUUUAUCUCCUGUAAGUAAAAUUCCACUCUAAAAAUACCAGUGUGGUGGAAGUAGGUGAAGAUCAGGGCAAGACAUUUGAUGACACAGAUGUCUUUUUCUAUUCUAUCUGUAGUUACUCUGAGGCUGUCAGACAAACAGUGCGAGAACAACAAGUGCACGUUUUCCGAUCGAGUGACACAGUUGUCAGCGUGACCCACUUCUUACAAACACUGCCCUUUAUCGCUAAACGAAUACAGCAAUUCCAAGAAAAGUCAUCAGUCAAUAAGGAUAGAGGGAUGCUCACUUUGACAUACAAACACAACUGGGGACAAUGAAAUAAUGCACAGCGCCAUCACUGGACUGGGAAAUGAAAUACUCAAGAAUAAACGUUCCUCCAAAAUCAAUUCAUUAUCCUUGAGUUCUUCCAAAAGGGGAUCAAAGCAGCGCAACAUGUACGCAAGUCUUUGAAUGUAAAUGAAGCUUGAUAUCUGUAUAAGGGAUGCACAUAGAAGAGAUUAGAAGACAUGAUUUACCUUUUUGUGAGUGCACUUUGAAAACCGACAAGGGACUAUAUGUUUUUACUGUUUUGGGGGCAUACCACUCCUAUUCCGAUUUAUAUAUUUUAUUUCUACAGAGUAUUACUUUUUCAAGGUCCUGUAUCAGGCAAAAUUGAUUCUUGUGAGAUUUUAGAAAUGUUAUAAUGCUGUUAACUCCUCAAAAAUAUACUUGAAGUUGUGUUUUGUUUCAUUCGCACAUGUUUCAGUAACUAUUUAUUAUUAGGCUGUUUACAUUUCCAAAUCUCAAAAUGCUCUGUUCCACCUUAUGAUGUCAUGAAGUGGUAUUGUUCAAGUUAAUACCUAUCCUUUACCUUUAGUUCAAUAGAGAUUGGCAAUUCCAGUGCUGAAAUCAUCCAUAUGACUCCAGUGAGAGUUUAAAAACACAGUGGAGCACUUCGUGUUUUACCACGUGACAUCACAAGGUGGAACAGAGUGUUUUCUGUCUGAGAGAAGAGCUCAACCUAAAUAUGCAGGGUUUGUGUGUUAAACAUGUGAAUGAAACAAAACACAACUUCAGGUAUGUUUUUGAUGAGGAAACAACAUUAUAACAUAGAUGACAAAAUGCCGUAAUAUAGGCCUUUUAAUGAUUCUUUAUGAUUUCACAAAGUCCCACUGAAAAGAAAUCAUACAGCAGAUUGCUCUUUUUAUUCAUUUGUUUCCUUAAAUAAAUACAUGU